AUGGCGACGCGAUGCUCCUGUUGCCGACCAAGGUGGCCGCACCGGCGCCACCAGCUCCAGCACCGACGGCUGCUACUAGAGGCAGAGCUUGAAAAUGGAGAAGAAAUUGCUGUGAAGGUCCUUUACAAUAACAUGCCAGAGAUUGAUGAUGUAAAAUUCCAACAUGAGUUCGAAAACCUUAUGAGGCUCGAGCAUCACAACAUUGUAAGGUUAGUUGCCUAUUGCUAUGAAACACAACAUCAACCUAUGCAGUAUAUGGGAAGAACAUUUUUUGCUGAAAGGACAUACAGAGCACUCUGCUUUGAGUAUAUGCAAAAUGGAAGCCUUGAAAAACACCUUUCUGAUGAAGGUGAUGGACUUGACUGGCAUACACGUUACAAAAUUAUCAAGGGGGUAUGGAAGGGUUUAAAGCACCUUCAUGAAGGAUUUGAUAAACCAAUUUACCAUUUAGACCUAAAGCCUGGUAAUAUAUUGUUAGACAAGAACAUGGUGCCAAAGCUUGCGGACUUUGGUUUGUCCAAGCUCUUCAGUGAUAAACAAACCAUGAUCACACAAACUCCUAUAGGAACAAUUGGAUACGUGCCGAUGGAAUUCUUACAUGGAAACAUAGUCUCAAACAAGUUUGACAUAUUCAGCUUGGGUGUCGUAAUGAUAAAAAUAAUUGCAGGCCAUGGAGGCCAUUCCAGAAGUGCCAAGAUGCCUCUUUGUGAGUUUUUUGAUUUGGUACAAGAAAAGUGGAGGGAGAGGAUGCUAGAAACAUGUCAAGCUUCGAGGCUACUGGAAGCAUACUGCAAACAAGUUAAUGUAUGCACUAAGAUUGCACUGAGUUGCAUGGAUAUUGAUAGACACAAAAGGCCAAAUAUAGCGGAUAUCAUCAAUCAAUUGAAUGACACCGAAGCUGCAAUUAACAUGGCGUUGUCAUUGAGCAUAAAAACAAGUAGGCCAUGA